UGUCCAACCCGGUAAAUUUCUAUUUCCUCCCCCACAAUUACUUCCAGGUUGCAGCGGCAGUGCACUUGUUCUGCUGUGCUCUUCUCCCUGAGCCGCCGAAAGAUCCAAGCGCAAGGCCACCAAAACCAAACCAACCAAGGGCUAGCCUCCUCCCGAUCUCCGGAGAAACUCAUUCUUUUCUGCUCCCCGUUUCUUGUACUUUCCUCUCGCUCGUCUUCGAUCCGUCUCCCACAAGGAGAGGGAGAGCCGAGCCGGUGAGAUCAUUGCCGUCCCUGUCACUCCCUCUCUAUGCGACUCGCUUGUCCCCGUCGUCUGAUUGAUUAAUCCAAGGGCAUGGAUCUCCAUGAGGACGCCGGAGAGGUCAGCUGAGCUCGGAGGUUCUUGGGCAGCUGCUGCUAUAAAGCUGUUCUCCCCUCCCAACCACUUCCUCCUCAUGAAAGAUGAGCAGCUCUUGAUCGCAUAGGGGUUGAGGAGCAAAGCCGGGUUGGAGAUUUUUCCGGGUUUCUUUUUUCUCUGAUCUUUUUCCUGCACUUUUCCGUCUGAUAUUUAUCAGCUUCUUUUACUCUACUAGUAGAGCUGCUUGCUUGCUUGCUGAAAACCCCCUAUUUUGCUCGCUUAGAAAGAGGUUGGAUUUUUACUGCAAAUACCCAGCCAGUCUCUGAGCCGACCUUUUUCCACCACUCAGGCGAGAACAACAGCGUCAGUUUGCAGCAGAAGAAAAGGUUCUCCCUUGUAUUGAAAGCACACAAAUUCCCUCCUAUCUCUCUCCAACUCACUCCCAUCACUCCUAGGGGUGAGCAUAGUGAUACAGGUGGCUGCUUGUUGAAUCCAGUGUGCGCCACUUCUCCAACAAACACUGCGAGCUUGUUGCUAUCCUGCAAGGAACAGCGUGCUAAGGCAUCCGCUCCUCUCCUAGUUCUUGCGUCGAUCCGACACCAAUCUUGGAUUCUGCUGCACGGAUUGUGCUUCUUCUAGCAAAAGGCCCAAACAUUUGAUCCAGGCCACCUCUCGGAUCCUUUGCAAGAAGCAGGCGGCCAGCCAUGGUGUCCCGCUCCUACUCCAACCUCCUCGACCUGGCCACCGGAGCGGCGGACCAGGCGCCGGCGCCGACCGCGCUCGGCGCGCUCCGGCGCCGGCUCCCGCGCGUGGUCACCAACACGGGUCUCAUCGACGACUCCCCGGCGUCGCCGUCCACGCCGUCCCCCGCGCCGCGGCCGCGCACCAUCGUGGUGGCCAACCAGCUCCCGAUCCGGUCCCACCGCCCGGCGUCGCCGGAGGAGCCCUGGACCUUCGACUGGGACGAGGACUCCCUCCUGCGCCACCUCCACCACACAUCGCCCCCCUCGAUGGAGUUCAUCUACAUCGGCUGCCUCCGCGACGACAUCCCGGCGGCCGACCAGGACGCCGUGGCGCAGGCGCUCCUCGAUACCCACAACUGCGUCCCGGCCUUCCUGCCGCCCGACAUCGCCGAGCGCUACUACCACGGCUUCUGCAAGCAGCACCUGUGGCCGCUCUUCCACUACAUGCUGCCGCUGUCCCCGGACCUCGGCGGCCGCUUCGACCGCUCGCUGUGGCAGGCCUACGUCUCCGCGAACAAGAUCUUUGCGGACAAGGUGCUGGAGGUGAUCAACCCGGACGACGACUUCGUGUGGGUGCACGACUACCACCUCAUGGUGCUCCCCACCUUCCUGCGCAAGCGCUUCAACCGCAUCAAGCUCGGCUUCUUUCUGCACUCGCCGUUCCCCUCGUCGGAGAUCUACAAGACGCUGCCCGUGCGCGAGGAGCUGCUGCGCGCCCUGCUCAACUCCGACCUCAUCGGCUUCCACACCUUCGACUACGCGCGCCACUUCCUCUCCUGCUGCGGCCGCAUGCUCGGCCUCUCGUACGAGUCCAAGAGGGGGCACAUUUGCCUCGAGUACUACGGCCGGACGGUGAGCAUCAAGAUCCUGCCGGUGGGGGUGCACAUGGAGCAGCUCAAGACGGUGCUCGGUUUGCCGAAGACCGAGGCCAAGGUGGCUGAGCUGAUGGAGAUGUACAUGGGGAAGGGCAGGGUCGUCAUGCUGGGCGUCGACGACAUGGACAUCUUCAAGGGAAUCAGCCUUAAGCUGCUCGCCAUGGAGGAGUUGCUGCGGCAGCACCCCGAGUGGCGUGGGAAGCUGGUGCUGGUGCAGGUCGCCAACCCGGCGCGAGGGCGGGGCAAGGACGUCGCCGAGGUGCAGGCCGAGACGUACGCCAUGGUGCAGCGCAUCAACGAGGUGUACGGUGAACCAGGGUACGAACCGGUGGUUCUGAUCGACGAGCCGUUGCAGUUCUACGAGCGCGUGGCGUACUAUGUCAUCGCCGAGGUGUGCCUGGUGACCGCGGUCCGGGACGGCAUGAAUCUGAUCCCCUAUGAAUACAUCGUGUCCCGGCAAGGCAACGAGAAGCUGGACAGGAUGCUGCGGCAGGGGAAGCCAGAGGAGAAGAAGAGUAUGCUGGUGGUGUCCGAAUUCAUCGGUUGCUCACCAUCCCUGAGUGGCGCCGUCAGGGUGAACCCAUGGAACAUCGAGGCCGUGGCCGACGCCAUGGAGAGCGCCCUUGUGCUGCCUGAGAACGAGAAGAAAUUGCGCCACGACAAGCACUUCCGCUAUGUGAGCACCCACGAUGUGGGUUACUGGGCCAACAGCUUCCUGCAGGACCUCGAGAGGACCUGCAAGGAUCAUUCUCAUCGGCGGUGCUGGGGCAUUGGCUUCGGCCUGCGGUUCAGGGUGGUAUCGCUAGACCGGCACUUCAAAAAGCUUUCCUUGGAGAGCAUUCUGAUGGCGUACCGGAAUGCGAAGACGCGUGCGAUUCUGCUGGACUAUGACGGCACGCUGAUGCCACAGGCGAUUAACAAGAGCCCGUCCGCGGAAUCGGUGAGGAUACUGAACAGCUUGUGCAGGGACAAGAACAAUGAGGUGUACCUCUGCAGCGGGUAUGAUCGGCGCACUCUCCAUGAGUGGUUCCCUUGUGAGAACCUUGGCAUAGCGGCGGAGCAUGGUUAUUUCCUCAGGUCUAAGAGGGACGCAGAAUGGCAGACCUGCAUCACCCCUGCGGACUGCAGCUGGAAGCAGAUCGCAGAGCCGGUGAUGUGCCUCUACAGGGAGACGACGGACGGUUCAACCAUCGAGGACAGGGAGACGAUCCUCGUGUGGAACUACGAGGACGCCGACCCUGACUUCGGCUCGUGCCAGGCCAAGGAGCUCGUCGACCACCUCGAGAGCGUGCUCGCGAACGAGCCCGUCUCAGUGAGGACCACACCUCACUCUGUCGAAGUGAAACCGCAGGGCGUGAGCAAGGGCCUGGUGGCGCGGCGCAUGCUGGCGUCGAUGCAGGAGCGGGGCCAGUGCCCGGACUUCGUGCUGUGCAUCGGAGACGACAAGUCCGACGAGGACAUGUUCCAGCUCAUCGCCACGGCCGCCUGCGGGGACUCACUGGCGUCCAAGGCGGAGGUGUUCGCGUGCACCGUCGGCCGCAAGCCCAGCAAGGCCAAAUACUACCUCGACGACGCGGCGGAGGUGGUGAGGCUGAUGCAGGGGCUCUCCUACGUCUCCGAGGAGCUGGCCCUGGCGAACCACCGGGAUGAAGACGAGGACUCGUCUCUGGACGUGUGGGAGUAGCAGGCUAGCGGUAGCCGGUAGUGUUCAGCGUCCUGCAGCAGUUGGGAUUGCAGCCUUGCAUUGCAGGUGCAGGGCGACAGGGCGUAAUAUUUGUGUUGGCUCACUUGGAGCUUUCGCGCGCCGAGUAGUUUUAGAUGUGUAAAUGAGGUAUGCUUUUCAGGGUAAUGCAUUGUCAGUGGCAUGAACCUAGUGAUGCUGUAGUUAAUUACUACGAUGAUCCUAGUACUGAUUUCUUUGGAGGCCUUGAAGGCCUGUUUGAGAUGCUGCCAGUAUAACCAGGUCAGUGGUAAGGAGUAGGCAGAUCUGAAGUUCCAUUCUUCUUUUUCUCGUAUGUGUGUAUACCUCUUGGAAUAAAUAGCCAUCUGAUUGCCUGUCAGUUCCUUAA